UAGGCAGGGGUGCGUAGAAUCCGACGUGGCAACUCGACCGAUCCUCUCCGCCCUCCCCACAGACAAUCCUCCACCAACGAAUACCCCCUGUCCGUACCGCCCCAUUCCACAGAAGCGCGAGUGGCUCUCUGACGAGACAAGAUCCCUAAAUCGAAGAUUACAUACCCACCAAGAAAUCAGAAUCAAUUCCCCGCUUCUCCCCCAUAUCUGUUGCCGGGUUCAAGCCAUGUGGAGCGGCGGGGGCGGCAGUGUUUACUGGGGCUCGAAGGGCGGAGAAUCCCGGGGGAUCGUGGUGGUCUUCGGGUGGGUGUCUCUCCAGGAGAGCCAAUUGAGGAGCUUCGUGGAGCUCUAUUCCUCUCUGGGUUGGAAUUCCCUCGUUUGCCAUGCCGGGUUUCUCAGCGCGUUUUAUCCCGAGAAGGCAACGUCUCUGGCAUUCUUUGUUCUGAAUGAGCUGCUUGAGGAACUGCACAUUAAACCGUGCCCCGUAGUCUUUGCAGCUUUCUCUGCUGGCUCCAAGGCGUGCAUGUGCAAGGUCUUCCAGAUUGUAGACAGAAGUGGGAAAGGUCACUUGAACUGGGAUGCAUAUCGUUUGGUCAGAAACUGUGUCUCCGGGGUCAUGUUUGAUUCAAGUCCAGUAGACAUUACGCAUGAUUUGGGUUCCCGGUUUGCUCUGCAUGGCUCCAUCCUAAGUAGGCCUGGACCAUCAAAGGUCGUUUCUUGGAUAGCAAAAGGUGUUUCAUCUGGUCUAGAUGCUCUCUAUCUUACUAAAUUUGAAUCCCAGCGGGCUCAGUAUUGGAAAAAUUUGCACUCCUCAGUGUGUAUGGAAGCUCCGUAUCUCAUUGUAUGUUCAGAAGAUGACAGUCUCGCUCCGUAUGAAACUAUCUGCACUUUUACCCAGACUCUGCAAAAUCUUGGCGCAGAUGUUAAGAUUUUAAAUUUGAGUGGAUCCUCUCAUAUAGGUCACUAUAAGAAUUAUCCGAUCCAAUACAGUGAUGCUAUGGCCACGCUACUGGAGACAGCAGCUUCCACAGUUUUCUCAAGAAAACUACAGCGGCUAGAGGAAGAGAGACUUGAGGGUCAGCACGAUGAGAUCUCUGAGUUGAUUUGUGACCUCCAGAAUGCGGCAGUAAACUCAAACCAGUGCCUCAGAAGGGUCUCAUCAGGACCUGGCGACAGCUUUUCCCUCACAAGUUCCACGCACGACAAUGGCAGAACCUCAGAGGAUGAGCACAGAGAAGCAUCAUCCUCAAACUUGAAUCUUCUGCAGAAUCCCCCUACUAUCAGUGCCCACAGCAUCCUUGGACAGAUGUUAUAUGAUGUUUGCGUCCCCAAGAAUGUCGAGGGUUGGGAUAUUAAAUUCUCGGGCUCUUUGAAUGGACAGCCUUACGCAUCUUCCAGAAAGCUAUCUCCCUCCCACAACAGUAAAUGCCUUCGGCGCUCGAGAUUAUAACAUUGGAAUGGAGUAACUACAGGAAACUUUAUCUGAGUUCGUCACAAGUCUGACCCCCAACAAUUCGAAAAUGGUAAAAGUAGAUGUGCACGAGAAUUGGGAAAUUUUGUGGGUUGUCAUGCUAAAGGAUGGAGUCGGUUUCCCUGCCUUGGCUUUGGGUAUAUUCCUAGCAUUACCUUGUGAGGUGAGUAAUACAAUCUUGUGGACACAUCCGAGAUGGAUUUCGUCUAAUCUUGAGGCAUGCAGUAGCUUGGCAACAGUGAGCAAUAAUAAUCUUUAUGCCAAAGUUCUGAGGUAAUGGGUUGCAGAAAUUCGCGGCAACACUGUAAAUAUGUAUAUCAACUGUAUAUGAUUUUCCUUUACUAUGUGGUUCUAGGGAACAUGUGUGACUCUGGACUUUGGUAUCUUGUAUGCAAGUUAGUGAGCCUUUGGAAUUUUAUCGGAUGUCUGCAAAGGGGGUAAACGGUGAGAGCCUUUUGAUAAUAGACUUCAAGAGACUGUAAUUAGUUAACAAAAUCAGAAAUCAGACAGGAAGCUUGUCCUCCGGUCUCUGAAGCUGUGAACUUUAUGAAGGAUUUGUUUGUAGUGAUGUCCCAAAAA